AAUUGAUAGCCACAAUUAUAAAUGGAUCGAUAGACAAAAUAGGGGUCGGAAUAAGCAGCGGCCGGCGGAACAUGUACUCAAAAUACCAAUAUCAAGAAGAUGAUAUCCUCCGUCAACUACAUUUCUUAUGUACCGAUCCAGAGUAUCGUUGGAAAACGGCCACAUGCGUGCUCUCCCUCGUUGUAAUACUGUCUUGGUUACUCGGCAGAUGGCGUCAGGGGGAUGAAGACGGCUGUGAUCCAGAAUCAGAUCUGCUGGGAUAUGUGUCCUCCCAAAUGAUCACCUUGAACACAGACUGUGAGGAGUUACUGAAAGAGAUCCCAGCGAAUAUUGUGAAUUGUACAACGAGAAAGAAAGUCCACAAGUAUGAUGCAUAUUCCAGUCAGUCUGAAGAUUCAGAUGUAUCAGAUUUAUUCUCUCAUAAUCCAGUACUUUGGGAAAGACUCAGUGGGCCUACCCAGAAGUCAAGGAGAGGCCAAAUGUUCUUACAACAAAGUUAUGACUCUACAAGUAGUGAAAGUGAAGAGAUGAGCCAGAAGUCUGGUGUAGGCCUAUGUGUAUCAGACUGUUCCAUUUCUACCAUCUCAACAAAUAAUUCUCCAUCAUCCAGCCUUUGUCCCACAAGCAGUGAUAGCAGCAUGUCAGAUGAGAUGUCCGAGUCUGACCAGAGCUCACUCACCACCAUCAGUACAGUAACAACGGUAUCAUCAAAGCGUGUUUUGAAGGUCAGUCGUCAGAGGCAGUUGUGGAAACGUGCUAUAUUGUUUGUCCGAAUUGUGGUGAUGCUGCUUCCGCAGAGAUUAAAACAGAAAAAAGAUGUGCCAUUUCAAGAAUGGAAGGGAAAGGAAAACAUGACUUGCUCUGACACAAGUGUGAUUUCAGAUGACAGCCCUCUCGAAAGCACCAACAACAGUUUUAAUCAUAAACGGGCGAUGUUUGAGAAAUAUUUGAAAAAAGCUGAAGCUGGUAACAAACAGCCAAAUCCCCUUAUGCCUAAUCAGUCUCCACCUGUUGGCCAGGCGCAAACAGACCUGAAAAAAGAAAAUGAAAUGAAUAGCAUGGCAGCCACGGCUGAUAGACCGUCUGUUCUUGCAUGUCUUGGUAAGGAGGCGACAGCUGCCCUGGAACGGUCUUUAAAACGCAAUAUGGGGAACGCUCACCUUCAAGAUAAGGUUCUGCUGACAUGUCACAGUCAAGAUUCGCAUGAUAAUGGAUCACCUCCACCAUCUUCCUCUGAACUGUGCAAGGCUCUUGAACCUGAAAUCACACCAUUCCACUCCAGACACUGUCAUGGUGAUGAAACAAAAGAAAAUGUCACUGCCAGAAGACCACAUUUUUGUGUUUUUGCUGAUCAACAUCAUGAGAAAAAUUACCAGACCAGUUUCUGGGAUGUUAAACCAGUUACCAUGGCAGCAAAUUACCCAAGCCUGAGACUGAAAACAGCCAAUAUAAAAGACAACAGCUCUCAAGAGGACUCUCAAAAACCCAAUGGUCCAGUUAAGAGAAGAGGGACUUACAAAGACAUGGUUGAUGGCAUUAUCACCCUGGGAGACAUUGGUGUGGAACUGACAGACAAGCAAAAGUGCCAGGAGAUAACACUUAGUCAACAACAAAUUCCAUCUGGGUCAGGUCUCAAUAGCUCUUUGAAGAGUGCCAGUGAACCAGAUCUGUGCUCCCUCUCUAGAAAAGAAAAAGCACAAGAGGUAGACAAAGUAGCUCUUGACCGGAUCAACCUGAACCAGAGACAGAAGUAUUGGGAACAACAGAUGAAAACACCCACACUGUAUCACAAGUCCUUACAGAUGUCAAGUAUCAAUGGCCAUGAUCAGUCAUCAUCCAAGAAACAUUUAGACAAAGAAACACCACCACUGGAAGAAGCCAGAUCUCUUACUUUCACAAAAGGCGUUACAAACAAGCUGGAGUUCAACAUCAAACAGAAGGUGCUGUACCAGCUUAUGGGUCUUCCGUCGGUGGUGCAGAGAUCUUUGGAUACCACCAUGAGAACAUCAAAUGUGGUGAAAGAUUUGAAAAUGCUUCCUAACACAAGUGAAGAAGAAACUUCGAGGAAGCCUCGCCAGGAAAGAACUUCUCUCCAGAAGUGGAAUUUCCCAAAACGUGUUGUGAAAUCACUUAAAACUUUUGAGAUGCCUAAAGCUAUGGGCCUCAGAAACCUCUCUCUUGGCAAUGACAAAAAAACAAAAAAAUCGAAGAUGCCAUUGUCAAAUGACACUAACCAAGGCCCAGCCAUUCAGGCCAGUUGCAAGAGAUCUGACAUUAAUACAGAGACUGGCAACCCUAGUCAUUCCUCUAAAACAUGAUUUAAACAAGCUUGUCCAAUAUUUUUUCAUUAAUAAAUAAAC